CUCCGAUUGUACGUAACUAAAUGUGUGUUUUGUGCGUUAAAUGCUUUAAUAAGUAUCACAGUGGGAUAGUUUUUUAUCGUAACUUCACACUAUUCCCAAGGCGGUUCGUUUGCUCGUUUCAAAAGCUCAUCACUUUGUUGUGGUCAAGUCAAAUUGACACACAAUGGCCGCAUGAUUCACUGAUUAAUCUGCUGCUUUUCUACUGUUUUCAUUGGUGCAUGUGUUUUAGUUGGUUUAUAAGUUAACUACUGUUGUGUGCGGGCAGAAACCUGAAACAAACAUGGAUUCGGUGGAUAUUUGUGCAGCUACCUCCAGACGAGAUAAUAAACGGCGUGUCAACAAGAAGAAUAGAGAUUGGCACAAACGGCUCCACCUCAGGAAGACUGCCGUUCAGCCUCCAACUAUGCAAUGUGGAGAUAAGCGUGGACCAAAGAAGAUAGCAGAGGAGUGGGAGCAAAGCACAGUGUGGCCUUCGUCAAAGAAGCCCCCCAAGGAAGCACAGCAGCAGGGUCGGCGCAGGACAAAUGACACACUCAGGUUCACGUGCUCUCAAUGUGGGGACAACUUGGAAUAUGUUCCCAAAGACUUAGUGAAACACUUUGAGGACAACCACAGAGGGAACAAGCCAGUUUUCUCCUGUCAUACGUGUACUUACAGUACGCACGAGUUCUCCUACCUUCAGGUUCAUCUAUUAAGCCACAAAGACACUUUUUCUAGCUGCAGCAUUUGUAAUGACAACGUUCAGCGCACAUGGCCUGAAUUCAGUGCACACCUAACUGCGUAUCACUGCAAAAAUGGCAAAUAUUCAUGUGAAAUGUGUCAGAAGUUCUCCACAGGUGACGUUAGAGUAUUUUUAGAGCACAUGUGUGCACAUAAUUUGGGCCUGGAGGGAGCUAAGGAGCUAUCGCUGCGCACAAAGGGCGGCAAGAAUAAGUUUGGGCCUAAAACAACCACUCAGACUUUACGUUGUCAGCACUGCAGCUAUGAGGCAUCUCAUAAAUGGUUGCUUACUAAGCACAUUAAAGCUGUGCAUGUUUGCCAGAAUGGUAAUCGGAGGAAGAAGAAGACGAAAGAGGAGCUUUGUCCGUUAGCGAUGAAACCAAAUGACCCGAUCCCAAAAAUGAAGCCCAGAUUAACCAGAAGUGCAGUUAGGGAAAUGUGCUGGCUGACGCAGGACUGCCUUUCUCUGCCAGGGAGAGAGUUCCUGGAUAAAUACUGCCACAUGUCAGAUCCACAGACAACACUAGAGGAGACGCAACAGUUCUUGAUGAAAUCUGUCGCCGGGGAAACCGACGACCAGAAAUGGACCAAGGCUCUUAAAACCGUUUUGUCAAACGUCCCUCAAGAUAUGAACCUUCACCCGAAGUCGGAGAACGGCAUCGUGUCUAACUCGUCGGACCUCACCGUCCUGACCGUCAAGAACAAGAUAACCGUCGCUCAGAACGGCGCGACUUACGCCAAAAGGUUGAAAAUGAUGACAUCAUCGGAUAAGGAAACCGUUUCCCCUGAAGGUGCUCCCGAUGAUGCUCGCCGUGUCGUUGAAAACGAAUGUCAGUCAAAUUCAAGCGGUCACACACCUUGUCCACAGACUGAAACCAAACUAAACAAUGGCGUCUCGGCGCCGGCACAGAGUGAGCCAACUGAGUGCAUUCAAAUGCAGGAAAACAGAGAGAAUCAGGAAUUAAAGAAUGAUCAGGAAAUAGAGGAACAAAGUAAAAAACCUGAGGAGCCUAUACAUGAGGACGGGAUCUCCAGUGAGCUGAAGUUGACAAAUGAGAGCGAAGAGCAGACAUCCGUUCAUAAAGUCGUACCAAAAAAUAAGAGGCGAAGACGGAAAAGAAGGGCGAGAUCUAAACGAGCGGAUAGAAGAUCAUCAGGAUCGGCCUUAAAGAUCGUGUUGAAGAAGAAUCCAGUGAAGGAGAAGCAGUGGGUGUCGCAAAGUGGUCCGACAGAUGACUGUCAUGGACCGCCAAGUUCUCAUACGACACCGAAGGAGACGGCGCAGACUCUCCAAAACACGCCGCUAGCAGAAGUACAGCAGAAGAUAUGGACCAAAGCUGACCUGGACGACCCCUCUGAAGCCAUCACUUCUAGUCCACAAUCAACGCCAGGGGAGGAACUUAAGCCAAUGGCGUCUGACAAAAAUAUGGACGGAAACACGCCUGUCGUGCUCGAAGGCUCGCCGCAUCAAGAAAUGCAAAAUGACGCAGAGAAGUCACAGCAGCUCUCGGAAGCAGAAGUUGACGAGAGCGGCUCAGCUUGUGAGACGGGCCGGUCAGAUUCGACGACGGCUGCAGCUGCGACUGAAGUAGAGACGUGCCCCGAGAAUGCACAGCUGCAAACAUCAGGCGGCGGCACGGACUGCCAUGUGUCAGAGGAGGAGAUGAGUUCAGCUGCUGAUGGAGCGACUCCUCGUAGCAGUUACACACCUGACACCCAACCUGUGAUUACAGCGCAGGGAAACUCUGAAGAUGUAAGUCUUGCCGUCUUGUCCGAGAGUGUCGAGGGGAUGAGAGAUGGAGAAGUGCCUGGCGACUCCUUCCCAGAUCUCCUCGACGACCUCCAACAGGAGCCCUCGCCAGCCGCUGGGCGUCCGUGGCAGCCACUCCCAAAGAACCUGGAGAGGACCCUGAAGCUAGUCGCCAUAAAUCCAUCUCAGUUGGUAAAGCGUCCUGCUGGAGACCAGCCCGUCGUGGUGCUAAAUCACCCAGACGCCGACAUCCCCGAGGUCGCCAGGAUCAUGGAGGUCAUCAAAAGGUACAGAGGAGAGGUGCAGAAGGUCGUGCUGUCGCGGAAAACUGCGAACGCCCUCUCAGCCAUGGACGGCGAGGUCCCGGAGAUGAAUGAUGAUGAUGAUGAUGAUGAUUCAGAGGGGUUUGCUAAAAACUCCGUACAGGAGAGAUUCAUGUUGAAACUGAAACUUCGCAGGUUGAGCAGGAAAAAGUACGAAGUGGUAGACGCGGCCGCUCCCAGCAGCGACGCGGCGACGAAGUUUCGCUGCUGGUUUUGCGGCAGGCUCUUUGCAUGCCAGGAAAUGUGGAUGGUCCAUCGGCAGCGACAUCUGAUGGAGUGGAAAAGGCCAAACUGUGAAAACUCUUCUUAAAUGUCGCACACACUGGAUGGAAAAUGACUCUUUGCAAUACAGCAAAACAAUAACGGAGACGGUGAAUGGCCUCAGUUUUUUUAAAGUCUUAAUUAUGAUUUGUUGGUUUGAGGAGAAUCAAAUCAUCGUCACACCUCCUGGAGGGUUCACAUUCUCAGGGUAAACAUUUCCCUAUCGUCUCUCUCCCCGUCGGAGUAGCUUCUCACAAACUCAUUAUUUGUAAAGCCACAAGGACGUGGCGUCGACAGUUUAGUUCUUUGUAUUGUUUGUAUUUUGUCUACACGAUAGCUUUAUUUAAGGUGAUUUAAGUACACUGUCAUAUGGAAUAUUUUAUAGAACACUGUAAUAUGUAUAUUUGCCAUACCAUCUGAAUUUUAUGACUCAGUUUAUGUGCGGGUAGGCGCUACAGUGUGGUAGCUAUCAUUAUUUGUGUUGGAAUGGGAUGCAGAGACCCACAAGUUACUCAGAUAAUAUACCAAAACUGUGUGUUUAAAAAGAAAAAAAAAUAAGCUGUUUUAUUCAACAUUUAUUUAUGACUCUUUAUGUGCUAUUUCUUUAUGCUUUUCUUUUUGGGCCAUCAGACGAAUCAAUGUAAAAUCUUUGUAUAAACUCCAAAUUAUGUUCAAAUAAUAGUGUUAUCUGUAAGAGGUAUAUUUGGAAGACACGAUUAAUUUAAAAAACCUGUGUUUUGUGAUGUCAUUGAAAUACUAGCGUUUAAAAUCUGGAUUCAAGAGGCCUAGAGAUGAUCUGAUCAUGCUUUUGUUUUUUUCCUCUUUUGACUUGAAAUGAUAAUCUUAUCUUUUAAUUGCACUAUGAAAGGAGGAUUUAUAUUUCCCGUUACCUCACCUUUAUCAGGCCGAAAGCUUUUGACAAUCUCAACCAGUGUCCUACUGUGGCUCAACAUUUCCUUAUGCAGCCGCCAUCCCGCAGUAUUCACAGCAAGGGAACGGUGGCUUCUGAGUGUAUGUAUGUGUGUGUCUGUGUUUGUUAGUCAAGGACCAUUGGACGGACGUGUCCUGUAUAUUGAUAUUGUGUCUCUGUCUCUGGAGUGCACAGUAACUCACUGUAUAUAUACUUUUUUCAAUUUAGAUAAAGAUUUAUUAUUGUGUAUAUAGUCCAGAUAGAGGUACUGUAAAAUAUUACCUGAGAGUUUCCACCAAGUGCCUAGGAAUCCUUGUUAUGCAACAAAUGUGCAUGAGUAUGAUAGCAUUACUUGUUGACCAGACAAUAAAUGAACCAGUUUGUCAGUC